CGGGUCCAAAACACGCGUCGUUUGCGUUGACAGACUACAUUACCCAGAAGGCUGGGUGCCGUCAUACGUCAACUGCAAUCACGGUUGUAUCUCCAACAUGGCGUCGCUGGGAAGGAGGCGCGGUGUCCCAGUAAGCAGGGAGAGGGGAGUGAUGGCUGCGACGGAUUGCUACAUUGUGCAUGAGAUCUACAACGGGGAGAAUGCGCAGGACCAGUUUGAGUAUGAGCUGGAGCAGGCACUGGAGGCCCAGUAUAAAUACAUUGUUAUUGAGCCCACACGCAUCGGAGAUGAGACGGCCCGAUGGAUUACCGUGGGCAACUGCCUGCACAAGACGGCCGUGUUGUCAGGCGCCGCUUGCCUCCUGACACCACUUUCACUGCCCCCUGAAUACUCGCGCUAUGUGGCGUUGCCCGCUGGCGCCCUGAGUGUGGCCUGCGCUGCCCUCUAUGGGAUUUCAUGGCAGUUUGAUCCCUGCUGCAAGUACCAGGUUGAAUAUGACAGCCAAAAACUCUCACGGCUGCCCCUGCAUACACUCACCUCUUCGACACCCGUGGUAUUGGUACGCAGGGAUGACAUCCACAGAAAGAGACUCCAUAAUACGAUAGCACUGGCUGCCCUGGCGUACUGCGUCAAGAAGAUCUACGAACUCUAUGCGGUAUGAGUGCACUCUGAAGAGGGUUUAAGAACCAACAGAAAAAAGGAAAAAACAAACAAAAAAACAGAACCUAUCCACCCCCAGAUGUAAGAAAAGUGGAAGCCGCGAUCAAGCCCAGCAGUUAGCUCCACACAUGUGGUGGGUGCUUCCGUUUUGAACUUUGAUCAGAGGAAUAUAGUUAAAACUAGAAGGAAUUGUUUUACCUUUCCUUUAAUUCUAUGUGACAACAACACCACACUUAUCUCCGUAGUACCCUCGCGCCUCCUCCCCUGUGCCCUCCACCUGCAUCCUUGACACACAACAGGCCAGUGAACAAGGGUAUGGCAGCAGUUCCUCUGGACUGAAUUGAAAUGCAGUGGAAACGGACAGAUAUGUUUUGAGUACCAAGUUCUUUCCCUCGUAGUUUUACUGUACCCCAUUCUUGCUGAUGAGCACAUCACUCUUUCAUUAAACAUUAGGAUAUUUCAAACUCACUUUUCUGUAUUUUAUUUUACGUUUUUGUCAUUAAAUGGAUUCUACGUGAUGUCCAGAAAAGA